AGAAUGGCCUUAAUGUCUACAUAAGACAUCUGGAUAUCAGAAGCAGUCAAACGUAGUCUCCAUUUGGUAAAGAGUUGUGAGGAUUAGAACAUGAGAGCCAGUGGAUGUGGUCUCAGACCAGGAUGAAGGGUUGGAAGAAGAGCAGAGCUAACAGUCCACCUUAACGAGGAAUCUGGGGAGUUGGAGUAAUUCCUUUACAAACUUGGUAAAAUGUCUUUCUUCUUGACAUGGAUCAAAGCUAUUUUUAUCACUGCCCUGGCAUUUCCUCAUUAUUCUGAAACUGGUUUUGAACCUUCACCAGAAAUUCGUAGACUCCCAAACUGUGACGUGUAUGUACAUCAAUUACAUUUUUGCACAAGAGAAAUGGAUCCAGUCUGUGCAACCAAUGGCCAAACUUAUUCCAAUACAUGCGUUUUCUGCAGUGAACUAUUCGAAAGUGGUGGAGCGUUUGAUUUUAGUCAUUAUGGUAGAUGCUGAUUCUGCCUGCGCUACACAUUCCAAUACCUUUUAUUGCGAUCCAAUUUUUUGUGGUAGAUUCUACAACCAAUUAGAACAUCCUCAGUCAGAGUUUUAAAUUCCUAGAUAAUCAUACAAAGACUUCUAUGGCAUACAAGAUGGAAUAUAGGAUGUUGAAGAAUUUUUCCAUGAGCCCAUGAUUGAAAGGUUUUCCUUCUCUAUGUUCAAUUAUUCAAUGACAGUUGAAAAACUAUCUUAAUUUUGUGUUUCUUAACAUAAAACCUAA